CUUACCCUUACAUUUGUUUCCUUCCAGGCUGUGAGAUCCCGAACCUGCAGCUGCCAAUCCCGAGCUCCACCUGCCCGAGCCUCCCAGAAUGCAGGCGGCGCCAGGCGGGAACCGCGAGCUCGGGAGCUGCCCUGGUCUAAGAGGAGAGAACCACUUGGCAUAUGGAGGAAGCCUUUGAUGGUUUGGCCCAGACACUCUUGGGCAGGUACCACCCCUAGGGAAUUCAGGACGGAACAGGAAGAUGGGCUCCUCUAGACAGGGAUUGGUGCUUGGAUGCUGCGUGCUGCUGGCCAUCGCCUGGGGCCCAGUUCUGAGCCUUGUGCCUCGUGGUCAGCAGGACGAGCUGGAGUGGGAAGAGAAGGAAGCGCUGCCGUCUCCUCCGGACCAUGAGAAGAGGGAUGAAGAAACACAGGAGAAAUACAGCCCCAGCCAGGGCAAGGACCUCCCCACUUCCAGGUGCUACAGAUGCUGUGAGCCCAGCACGCCUGUGUACCAGACGAUCCCAGCACCCCAAAUCAAUAUCACCAUCCUGAAAGGUGAGAAAGGUGACCGAGGGGAUCGAGGCCUCCAGGGGAAAUAUGGUAAAACAGGUUCCACAGGUGCCAGGGGCCAUAUUGGCCCCAAAGGGCAGAAGGGGUCCAUGGGAGCUCCUGGAGACCGCUGCAAAAGCCACUAUGCAGCCUUCUCCGUGGGCCGAAAGAAGCCUCUGCACAGCAGUGACUACUUCCAGCCCGUUGUCUUUGACACGCAGUUUGUGAACCUCUAUAAACACUUCAGCAUGUUCACCGGCAAGUUCUUCUGCUAUGUGCCAGGCAUCUACUUCUUUAGCCUCAACGUGCACACUUGGAACCAGAAGGAGACGUACCUGCACAUCAUGAAGAACCAGGAGGAGGUGGUGAUCCUGUACGCACAGGUGAGCGACCGUAGCAUCAUGCAGAGUCAGAGCCUGAUGCUGGAGCUGCAGGAGCAGGAUGAGGUGUGGGUGCGUCUCUUCAAGGGAGAGAGAGAGAACGCCAUUUUCAGCGACGAGUUCGACACCUACAUCACCUUCAGUGGCUACCUGGUCAAGCCAGCCUCGGAGCCCUAGCUCCCACCCCCUGCGGUACUGUCACGGCCUGAUGACCUCCUUGCCUUCACCCUUGCCCAUCCUUGCAUUCCACAGACACUGGAUGGAGUCUUGCCCCAGGCUGACCCCAUCAUCCCUCCCCUCAGUCCUGGCUUCUUUGGCCUUGGCUUCCUUAUUUUUGUUUUUUGACAAGAUGCCCGUGACUGGCUGCUGGGAAGCCCAAAGUGCCGUGUGGUCCCAGGUCUGGCUGCUGCGGCAGAUGAAAUCAUAGGGCGGGGUGCCUGUGAGGACGUUGGGGGACCUCCAGGUCCUUCUGUGUACACAGCCUUAGACGACCCUGUGGUGUGAUGUUCUGCAGCCACAGGGUGUUCCUGAGCACAGCCCCUGUGUGUUCCAAUUCCUGGACUUAGUUAAGCAAAUACCAGGGGUUUCAAAGUAACAAAGUAAAGUAGAGAAGAGACUGAA